AUGGCGCCUGAUCGGGGAUAUCGCGAUGACGCCGAUGGUGGUCUUCAUGAUGCUGUCAGCAGCAGCAUCCACACACCAAGUGCGCAUGAUACAUACCCCGAGAAUGCUCUCGAGCGUGUGCCUGUCAUACAUGGUCGCAGCUUCACCCUCCGCGGUGUUGCUGUGGGCCUGUUGGUCGGCUUGGUCAUUUGCUUCUCCAACAUGUACUUUGGCCUGCAGACGGGUUGGGUGAGCACCAUGACCAUGCCAGCCAGCUUGAUGGGUUUCGGCAUAUUCAAGGCCCUGUCUCGCCACCUUCGCCUUCCCUUCAGUCCUGUCGAGAAUGUCCUCGUCCAGACCGUGGCUGGAAGUAUGGCCAUCAUGCCACUUGGCUGCGGGUUUGUCGGUGUGAUUCCUGCCAUGAACUAUCUCCUGACUCCGGAAGAACAAGGGCCCCUUAACAUCCCCUUAUGGAAGUUGAUCAUAUGGUCCCUUGGCCUCUGUUAUUUCGGUGUUGUCUUUGCUGUCCCUCUCCGACGACAAGUCAUUAUUCGAGAAAGGCUCCGUUUUCCUAGCGGCUUCAGUACUGCCGUUCUCAUUGGAGUUCUCCAUGGUCAGACGCGGAAGGCCGGCCCAGACGCCGUGUCAGGCGGCUUCGCGAGUCUCGUGCCGGAUCACGAUACGAAGCCCGACUCAAUACUGGAGGCCGGCCACAGCCCCAACAAUGCCGAUCCUGAAAAUGCCAAUUUUGACGGCCCCGAAAGUCAUUCCCAGAAGGAUUGGGCUCGGAAUGUGAGGCUACUGCUCAUUUGCUUCGGGAUCUCAGGGUUUUACACUUUCUGCUCCUACUUUUUCCCUGCAUUGCGAAGUAUUCCCAUAUUUGGCACCGAUGCUGCAGGCAUUUGGCUUUGGACGCUCAACCCGAGCCCGGCCUACAUUGGCCAAGGCAUCAUCAUGGGCCCUGAGACGACUUUGCAUAUGCUGCUGGGUGCCGUGAUAGGAUGGGGUGUCCUGUCUCCGCUAGCCAAGUAUCGGGGCUGGGCACCCGGUUCCAUCGACGACUGGGAAACAGGCAGCAAGGGUUGGAUUGUGUGGAUCUCCUUGGCUAUCAUGCUUUCCGAUGCUAUUGUCAGCCUCAGUUACAUUGCUUUCCGCCCCUUGGCCCGACGUGCCGCAAAUGAAGGCAUGAAGGAAUUAUGGCUGGAAGUUGUACUCGGCUGGCAGAAGCUUUUUGGAUCCCGCCGACGGUCAAGUCGGACAUAUUCUGCACUGGACACGGAUGAGGAUCUUGAGCCAACGAGUACCUCCCGGCUUUUAUCCGAUGAGUCGCGUUGCUCUGUGGUCCAUCGUAGGUCUUCAACAUCGAAUGCUCGCGAUACUCGCCCCGACGAAGCAGACGCGCCAGAAGAUCAACAAAUUGACAACAAGCUUGUCGCCGUGGGGCUUGUUCUGUCCAUUCUGCUCUGUGUCGCCACCAUUCACAUCGUUUUUGGCGACCUGGUUCCUCUUUACGCCACGAUUGUUGCCGUCUUAAUGGCUCUUCUGCUCAGCAUUAUGGGUGUUCGGGCACUCGGCGAGACGGACCUGAACCCCGUGUCUGGUAUCAGCAAGCUUGCGCAACUAUUCUUCGCCCUCAUCAUUCCCCAGUCACACAAGUCGAGUGUGCUCAUCAACUUGGUUGCGGGCGCAGUAUCCGAGGCCGGAGCUCUUCAAGCGGGCGAUCUGAUGCAAGACCUCAAAACGGGCCAUCUCUUGGGAGCCGCACCCAAAGCCCAAUUCUGGGGCCAAGUAAUCGGAGCAACAGCGGGCGCUGUGGUCAGUGCCUUUGUGUACCAACUCUACACAGCAGUUUAUACGAUCCCGGGUGAUCUCUUCCAGGUCCCGACGGGAUACGUGUGGAUCUUCACAGCCAGGCUGGUGACGGGUAAGGGCCUGCCGCCCAUGGCGCGUGAAUGGGCGAUUGGCUUUGGCAUUCUAUUUGCUAUUACGACUGUUGCUAGGACCGUGGUAACCGGCAAGCCUUGGCGGUCGCUUGUGCCGGGAGGUAUCGCCGUGGCAGUCGGGAUGUACAACGUCCCAUCCUUCACCCUGGCCAGGACUGUUGGCGGCCUACUGAGCUGGUACUGGAUCUCCAGGCGAGGCGAGUCGAGCACGCCAUUGAUCGUGCUGGCAUCGGGCUUCAUACUCGGUGAAGGAUUUCUUAGCAUUGUGAAUCUCAUCUUGCAAAGCGCCGGUGUCCCUCACUACUAG